CAUUUAGUAUAACCUACAAAGUAAAAGGUUCGAUCUAAAGACUUACACCUCCAUUCAUUCAUCACCGUUAGAGAAACAACCUAUUACUUUCAUGCUAGCAUGGAAGGAGGAGGCAGCGAUGACCACCACCGCCAUCAACUCCACCACCACCGUUCUACUUUCCCAUUCCAAUUACUAGAGAAAAAAGAAGAGGAUAACCAUCCUAUUUCCUCCUCUUCCACCACUCUUCCUUUCCCUUCCCUCCCAAUUCCCACCUCUUGCUCAGCCAAACAACCCACCACCGCCACUAGUUCUGCUUCCAGCCACCAGAUCUCGGCGGAGCCUUCCAAAAUCCCACCCCCUAAGCGUACUUCAACCAAAGACCGUCACACCAAGGUAGAUGGACGUGGUCGUAGGAUCCGCAUGCCGGCUCUUUGUGCAGCUAGGGUUUUCCAACUCACUCGUGAGCUCGGCCACAAAUCCGAGGGCGAAACGAUCGAGUGGCUGCUCCAACAAGCCGAACCAGCCGUGAUCGCUGCCACGGGUACUGGAACCAUCCCUGCAAAUUUCACUUCGCUCAAUAUCUCGCUUCGUAGCUCCGGUUCUAGUAUGUCGAUCCCUUCUCAGCUUCGUUCCUCGGGUUUCAGCUCCAACUUCUCGAUGCAACAACGUCGGAGUUUAUUCCCCGGAAUCGGACUCGAAACGACGCCGACUACGACGUUCCUUAAUUUACAAUCAAGUAGUAGUUUGAAUCCAAUGUUUCCGGCCAAGCAAGAGUCUUCCUUGGAAAUAUUCGAAGCCGAAGAAGGUAGUAUAGGAAGGAAAAGACGACCCGAACAAGAUUUAUCUUCGCAACAUCAAAUGGGGAGUUACUUGUUGCAGUCGAGCACUGGGGCGGUUCCGGCGAGCCACGAACAGGUUCCGGCGAACUUUUGGAUGUUAACCAAUACUAGUAAUCAAGUCAUGAGUGGUGGUGACCCGAUAUGGUCAUUUCCUUCGGUGAACAACAGUGGUUUGCAUUUCAUGAAUUUCCCAGCUCCAAUGGCCUUGUUGCCGGGCCAACAAUUGGGUUCGUGCAGUAGUGGCGGAGGCGGAAGUGGUGGAAGUAGUGGCAUGAGUUCUGAAGGACAUUUAAAUAUGUUAGCCGGAUUGAACCCUUAUAGGCAAGUCUCUGGCGGUACCGGCGUAUCGGAAUCUCAAGUGAGCGGCUCACAUUCACAAAACGGUGGAGAUGGCGGCGGCGAUGAAUAACAAAAUGAUAUACAACUGGUCAUCAUCUUUGCUUCAUUCGAUCAGAUGUGUAGUUUGAUGUGCAACACACGUGAGGUUUGAUUGCUUUUUUUUUUAAA